GUGAGAACUUCUAGUUUUAUAAUAUAGACAAUAAAUAUUUACUAUUCGGCUGAACUCAGUGAAAGGGGAUAUAAGAUUCUGAUUCACGUCCAGAAUAUAUAGCUCGAGAGGGUGUCGACAUGAACAAUUGUAUGCAUGAUCGGUGCUUUUUCAUCUGCCUGUCAAGAAUGACCAUUACACCGUUAAGCUACACAAUUACCAUAUUCGCUCUGACCAACGGCUGGCAUUGCAAAGCCUAAACCUGAUCUUACGUAUAACCAAGGUAUAGUGCUGAUCAAACUUGCAUUGUUCUAGAUUUUGUAAGGUAAGCAAACGCACAAGCUAAUAUUCUACAAUUGCCCCGGAAUUUCGUAUAUUUAUCUGACAAAGACUACGAGUUCGAGUUUUCUUUGAGCCAAUAGAUAGUUUACGAGGCGCGUAGAAAACGAGAACGGGUAGUUCAGUUGUUUUAGUAUAAAUCCACUCACAUACUACCUUCAAAGAAAUGACGAUUUUAAUAAUUAUCAGCAAUAAAUAACCGCUUUUGUAGCCGCUAUUUCAAUCACUGUGAUUAAUCACUAUGGCUCAAUAGAUGGUGAGUAGGGGAUUCAAUCAAAUUGCGAGAUUCGUGAUAGUUUGUAAAUGGAUUUUUACCAAUACAGUAUAGCAAAAACCUAGUGGGGUUAACCUCCAACAUCCCGGUACUCUUCAGUUGAGGACUUGUCAGAAAUUAGCAGGGGCACGUUUUGCAUGCAGCGAUGGAAAUUUAAUGAUUAUAUGCAAGGCGCUCAGUUGCUUGUUAUGAGCGUCCGUAUAGGUCAUGUGUACUUUUGUCACCCAAUCUCCCCUCCCACAAAGGCUAAAUUGGUCACUGCGUUCCCCCUUGUUUCCCACGGACUCGUACUCGUAACGUCCCUAAAUGUCAGGCGCUCAGUUGCUUGUCAUGAGCGUCCGUAUAGGUAAUUUUGACGAACGUCCCUAUAUGUUACGCGUCCCUAUAUGUCAGGUAGCGCUACGGACCCCGGUCGUAAUUUUCGAGUUUGAUCGAGUGUUUCCACCUUCAUGUCCUGUCUCUCCCGUUUAGCCGAGUCCUGCUCUCGUACUUAUCGCUUUGUAGAUCUGCGUCAGCAAUGCGAAAAGCAAGUUGCAUGAUGAUGUGUCUGAGAAUCCUUUUCGCAGGUUUUUUUUAUAAACCUCCUCCCUGGUUACUAAAAAGAACAAGAUAAAUCAAAGAUGGAGUGUGUUGUGGCUUCUGUAACAUGCACUAUCCAAAUAACAAAGUUUUUACGCUUCAAACAUUACAAGAAGGAGAAUAGAUUAAGGGACGUCAUUGAUGACGUCAUAAUCACGUGACCAUGUUGGUCCGACUUGCGAGCGCGUGGAGGGUAAACAACGAGAUCCAGGAGUAUGGGAAGGGAGCUCCGCUACGCCAAAAAGUACAUUCAAACUGAUAGAAAACAACAAAAACAAAACAACAACAACAAAGAAAGAACAUGAAAAAUGCAUGGCGCGAUUGUGGUACCAGUGUUCAAUUCAGGAUGUUCAUUGCUGCAAUGAGGCGAAACAUUAUGCAAUAUCCGACGCUCAAAGCCAUGCUCCCCAAAACACUGCCUUCUCGCAAUCAUACGGCAAUCCACGUCAAAGAACCGUCACCAGCAGAUAACGGACUUGAGAUCACAUGUAAGGAAAACGUGACCCAUUAUUUUCCGUAUAUGUACCUCCGAGACCACUGCGCAUGCGCUUCAUGCUAUCAUCAGACCUCCCAGCAAAGACUUAACUAUAUAACAAACCUCGACCUGAACAUCAAACCAAGUAAAGUGCACAUCCAGGAAGGAUUGUUGUCGAUUACGUGGACUGACAGACAUGUUAGCGAGUUUGACUUAAAAAGGCUGAUUUCUCGGAAGUUAACGAAUCAGAGCGCGAGAAAAUACAAGUUCGCCCACGAAGACGUGGUGCUAUGGGAUGGCAAGCAAGGAAUACCAAGCCUCGAUUUCAUGUCCGUGUUAAACUACAAACGCGUUCUGCUGGAUUGGCUGCAAGCUUUACGUGACCAUGGACUGGUGCUGAUGACCGGCGCUCCAUUAGAACUUGGACAACUUGAGAGGAUUGGGAAAGCUGUGGGAUUUAUUAGACCGACAUUGUAUGGGGUAACAGUACCGUUGCGACUUAACCCGCACGCAACAAACCUUGGUUACACAAACCUCGGAUUGAGGCCACACUCGGAUCUGAUUUACUACGAGCUGAAACCCUCGGUUUUUAUAUUGCACUGCAUCGAACAAGUGAAGACCGGAGGUGAAAGCAUUUUCGUUGAUGGCUAUCGAGUCGCUGAGGCAUUUCGUGAGGCGAACCCAGAAGCCUUUGCGCUGAUGACUUCAACUCCCGUCCUGCACCGCGCUACGGGUGUUCAGCCGAAUGGCGAAGGGUUCGAUCAGUCGUAUGCAAGACCCAUUAUAGAGCUUGACAUGGCGGGAAGAAUUAGAAGAAUCAAUUUUAACGAUUCGCACAGAGAGGAUUUCCCAGACACAACACCCGAGCAACUCCCGAAGAUCUACGAAGCAUAUCACGAACUUGCACGAAUGCUAUCCGAUCCGAAGUUCUUUAUUCAGCACAAGCUAUCCCCUGGGGAGAUUUGUGCUAUUGAUAAUGACCGCAUGUUGCACGGGCGAAAUGGGUUCGAAGUCAAUGAAUUCAACUCUCAACGAUGGUUGCAACAAGCUUAUUUCGAUUGGGACAUUCUUUUGUCCAAAAUGAAACUGCUAAAAGAGAACAUUAGAUAGGAGUUUUAGGCAAGGAAAAGCAUGUGAGGGUCGUGUGAUUAGGGGGGCUGGGGUAGUGCCAGGCAAGGAAAACCAUGUGAGGAUUAUGUAAGGGUUAGUGUUCUAUGGGAUUUAGGGCACGAAUUAACACAAAUCUGGCGAGUGCUUUAGCGCGAGCAGAUUUUUGUUAAUGAGUGCCCCAAAUUCCAUAGAACACGAGCGGUCAUUAUCUAACUUUCUUAGAAAAUUAACACUGCCACGCAGUGUUUUUAUACGAGAUGCUUUUAUACGAGAUGCCACUGGCAAAUCAACAUCAUUAAAUGUAAAACAAUUUAAAUAAUAUCUUACUGUCGAAGGCCAUUGUAUGUUUGUCAACAAGUUAUCAGCAUCAUUAGGCAAUACUGACAGGUCAAUUGUGUGCGAAUAAAACUAGAUUUCUUGGUCUGUUGAAA